AUGAAGGGCAUCAGUCUGAUAACUCUCGGUCUCGUCACCGAGAGCUUUACAGCGUCUACUACGCGCUUACCUCCUGCGCCGUUUCGCGAUCCUCCCAGUGCUGCCGUCGACCAUGUCAACACAAUGAUAGGCAACGCCGGCGACACGCCCAACGGCUCGGGCGGCACGAUCCCCUCCACCGCGCCCCCCUUCGCCAUGACGCGCUGGGUCGCCCAGACGCGCCGCAACUACGUCUCCGUCACGCCCUACAACGUCACCGGUACCCAUAUAUACGGGUUCCAGGGCACGCAUCAGCCCGCGAUAUGGAUGGGCGAGAGCGGGUGCGUGGGUGUUGUGCCGGGCGCGGGCGAGGUGAGGGCGGGGUGGGAGGAGCGGGGGAUGAGGAAGGUGGAGGGGGAGGAGAGGUGGGGG